AUCACCUGAUGGGUGGAAAGAGUGGAUUUAGGUAAAAUCUCAGAUGGUGCAUCAUAACUGAGAGAUUUUAAAUGUUUCUCUUAUGGGUCAUAAAGCUAAUCAAAGUGACAACACAGGGAUAAUAGAGCAGGUGAGUAAAUGCAGUAAGCCACCUUCCACCUCUCCAGGGCAUCAACCAUCCCAAAGAAAUAUUGGGGCAAAUUUGCCAAUAUUUGCCAAUAUUUGCCCAAGCUUUUGAGAAGAGCUCUCAGUUCAGGGUCCAGGGCAUGAUCUAGAGGACUCAGAUGUUCUGGGAUCUCUGUCCCCAUGGAACCAACUACAUUCUUGCCCCAGAUCUUCAUGCCUCACUGUGGUAACUCUGGGGAAGUCACUCAAAGCGUAUAAGUUUUAAUUCACUGAAUUGGAAAAUAUGCCUUGUAGCCCCUGCUCUGCCCAUCCCUCGGGGCUAAUGUGGGGAUCAAGGAAACGGCAGAUCACUUUCAUGAGCUGGAAAGCAUCAUGCCCAUGGAAACAGUGAAGUCACUUUCCACCCUCCCCUGCCCGGGAGCCAUACACGCUCCCUCUCUGGAUUCAACCACUACCAAGUAUCUGGAUUAUUCUUCCAGAUAUUGAAUUAUUGAACACUUUUGGGCAUUUACAAAGCAUGAGUCUUCUUAAGACUUUAUCUGUAUCUCAUCCUUUUUAGCCCUAUAGAUCUUAGUAGGUCUCUAGCAUGGAUCUACUAACAUUUCCACAUCUCAGAAUAGGGAACUGAGGCACAGAGGGGUUCAUUUCACUCUCCCAGGUAUGUGCAGAUUCUAAGUAGGGUUUCAACCCAGGCCAUUCUUGGUGACUUGGAUCUGCUGCUUUUCUAUAUGGUCUCAUCUAAAUAAAGGUAUCUGCCUGCACAAACAGUCCUUUUUAAGUGCAAUGAAGCUUGCAAAAUCUUCCUAGAACCCAAAUCUAAUUCAGGUAGAGUUGAAAAGCAGACAGUGAAAACUGGGAUGAAAACUUUCAUCUGUGAACAAGUUUUUACUAAUUUCUCCGCUGUCCUCUGCCAGCAACAUGUCAAGCACUGUCUUUAUUAUAAUACAUUUUCUAGAAUCUAUAAGAAGUCUGCUCUACCUUGCAGAUUUGGACGCCCACUCCAAGGCCUACUUAAAAAUGUUAGAGAGCUAUUUUGAAAGUUUGGAUCGACGAAAUGCAAGGCGCGCUCAAGAUCACCAGGCAUCUGUACAUGGCAGUGGGGAGAAGAAGGAAAAAUCUAAGGCCAAGGACGACCACCGUUCCGCUGAAGAUGUACACGGGUCUGCACAUGGCAGUGGGGAGAAGAAGGAAAAAUCUAAGGCCAAGCACGACCAGCAUUUGGUUGAAGACCGCAGUGAAGACUCACGAUGAUUUUGAAAACCUCAUGACAUCGGAGAUGGCAAAGGAGAGAUUGGAAGAUUACCCCUGCUGGGUUAAGAUGGCAGAAUCUCGGCUCAAUGAACCCAUCAGCCCCCACGUUCGAGGACUUCUCCGGCGCUCAUCUCUCAAGUAGCUGGGUUACAGACGCCUGACAUCACGCCCAGCUAAAAUCAUUUUAUGAAUGCAUAUUUCCAUCUGGGUGAAAAAAAAAUCACAAGCCUCUCUCCCUACUGAGAACCUGUGAACAGUGACCUGCAGUUUGUGGCUUCAGCCAGUCCUCAUGGAGCCUGGUGUUCUUACAUUUCAUUCUGAGGCUCACAUUCUCAGUCACCCUGCAGGAGAACACCUGCCCCAUCCUCAGUCAUUACAGAUUGGGCCAAUCCAUCUGCUGCAUCUGAGGAGCUGGGUGCAGCUUCUACGGUGAAUGCACAUAUUGCUGUAUUUCCUGGAUAUGGAAGAGGAAAGGAGCUGAGCUGGUGGAGGAAGAAGAGCUAAUAUUAACUGAGUCCUCAUUUUGUUCCAGUUACUGUGCUGGUUACAUAUUUUAUCUCAUGUAAUUCUUACCAAACAGUAAGGGGGUUUGGGAGUGAUGGAGACAAUAUUGAUGUUAUCUCCAUUUUAGGGUGAGAAAAUGAAGGCUCAGAAAGGUUAUAUUUCUUGCCCAAGGUCACUCAGCUGCUAAGAGCCAGGAUAUGAAACAGUAGAAGGGUUCAAAUUUAUUUUCAAUUUCCCUGCUCCAUUCUCAAUAGGUAUUGGCAUUUACCCUUGGGCUAUAUAGAACAAGUGCUUUGUCACCAAAGCUCCAAGAAUUCAGCGAUAUUUCUCCCAUUUGCUUUUGAAAGAAGAGAAAUAUGGCUCUGUUCUGCCCGCCUCACCGGCGGUCAGAGUUUAAGGUUAUUUCUCUUGUUUCCUAAACAUUGCUGUUAUCCUGUUCUUUUUUCAAGGUGCUCAGAUUUCAUAUUGCUCAAACACACGCUGUACAAUUUGUGCAGUUAAUGCAAUUAUCACAUAGUCUUGAGGCGACAUACAUCCUCCUCGGCUGACAAGAUGAAGAGAUUAAAGUAAAGACAGGCAUAGGAAAUCACAAGGGUAUUGAUUGGGGAAGUGAUAAGUGUCCAUGAAAUCUUUACAAUUUAUGUUUAGAGAUUGCAGGAAAGACAGGCAUAAGAAAUUACAAAAGUAUUAAUUUGGGGAACUAAUAAAUGUCCAUAAAAUCUUCACAA